UUUACGUGGCAGCAGCUUACACAUAGGGUGAUUUUUCUCUUUGUUUACAUUUAGAAUUAAUUGUCUUUUAUUUAUAUAAUUUAAGAAAUUAUUUGUUAUAGAAAUUGUUAAUAUCAUGUUAAUACUUUCCCGGUUGUAUUCAAAUAAAUGUAUCCUGCUUCUUUUACACGUCUAUUAAAAUUGUGAACUACUCCCGAAAUAGACCUGUGACUUACAAUGGCAUCACUAAGCAAACUGGAUGCUAUUUAUCGUACUAUAGUUCUGUCUAAAUUUUUUACUAAAGGAUGGGGAAAACCGGAAAAUUUAAAAAGAUUAUUUGCUUUUAGAAAAGUGAUAUCAAAUCGAGCUACUUGCCAACGUUUAGUUGAUCCUGAUUAUCCUGUGAUUAUUGAAAAAAUUGAAAACCAUCAAAAUUAUAAAAUAUUGGAUGGCCACUUAAUAAGCCCGUUUGUACAUUACUUGCCUGAAGUUGUUCCCGAAGAGUCGAAAAUAGCAAGAUUUCAAAUUCUUCUUCCUAAUACCUGGCCUUGCGAACCUUUGCGCCCAAUAUGUUUACAUUUAGCUGGCACUGGAGAUCAUUUUUACUGGAGACGAAGGAUGUUGAUGGCUCGACCACUGUUAAAAGACUAUGGAAUAGCAUCCAUUUUGCUUGAAAACCCAUUUUAUGGUUCAAGGAAGCCCAAGACUCAAAAGCGAUCCAGUUUGCACAAUGUGUCUGAUAUAUUCGUUAUGGGAGGGUGCUUAAUUUUAGAAUCACUAGCAUUAUUUCAUUGGUGUGAAAAAGAAGGAUUUGGACCAUUAGGUAUUACUGGAAUAUCUAUGGGUGGUCAUAUGGCUUCAUUGGCUGGGUGUAGCUGGCACAAACCAAUACCUAUUAUUCCCUGUCUUUCUUGGUCAACUGCAUCACAAGUUUUCACUCAUGGUGUUAUGAGUGCAGGUAUUCCAUGGCCUCUCCUUCAAAAUCAGUACUCUUCAGACAAUGUCUAUCAAGAUGAAAUUUGGAAGAUGUUACAUUCGCCCGAAGAGUCUGAUGCUUUUAAAGCUGGCAUCCAUUUCUCCAGGAAUUAUCCUUCCAGUCUCGAUCGAGUCGAAUCAUUGACUGAAGAAAACACGAUAAGUAAACAAAACACAUCAUUUCACAACCAGUCGUCUUACCUGAAACCUCCAGAGAGGCAACAAAUUCUUCCAAAUUCCACAACCAAAACACCCAAUCCUGACGCUCUAAUGAAGGCCUCUGAACUGUCACACCUUAAAGCCCUAAAUUUCAUGCGUGGCAUCAUGGAUGAGUGUACCCACCUGGGUAAUUUCACCCCUCCUGUCGACCCUACCCUUUCUAUUGUGGUUACAGCUAAGCAUGAUGCAUAUGUGCCGAGGGAUGGCAUUGAAUCUGUUGGGGAUUUGUGGAAAGGCUGUGAUAUUCGUUACAUUGAUUCUGGUCACAUUGCUGCAUUCUUGUUCAAUCACGGUGUUUUUCGGAAAGCUAUUAUUGAUGCCUUUGAGAAUACAGCUCAAAAAUACUAUGGGCAAACCAGCAUACUUACCGAUGAAAUGAAAGUAAAACAAAAUAUUAAAUCAUGACGAAAAUCUUUGCCUUAGUUAUUCAAACUAAAUGAUUUAGAUUGUUUUUGAACAUUGCCUUAUGGUAGAAGUUUUGAAAUGCAUAGUCAUGUAUAUACAUAUGUUAUUGUAAAUUGUUAAUUUUGAAUUUUUUUUCAAAUUUGUAUAGAUUUAAAUUUGCUGUUUGUUAGACAAUUUUUAAAUUACAAGUCUUGCUACAUAUAGUGGCUGCCAUAAUUUGAUAUGUUGGAUUUUAAGAAUUGUUUAUAAAAAUUUUUAUAACAAAAAAUGUGUUAUAAAUGUGUGACCUUUUAUAAUGUAUGCAUCACUAAUAAUUAAAGGCUAGCACCGAUAAGAAACA